AUGCUUCACCCGCGACACACUCUUGUUUCUCAAGCCGUUGAGUCACCAAUGCCUCCGCCACUGCCAUCACAUGCAUAUCAGAUUCACAAACAUCCUCGCGAGACAUCAUCAACUACAGCACCGUCGCCAUACACAGCCUUCACCACGUCUGCAACCUGCGAAUCCUUCAGCCUCUCCUACACAAACCCACCGCCUUACCUGACCUCCACCUCCACCAUCGGACCCAAUCUGACCAUGUCUCUUACCACGAACCUCACAAUCAUCUCCCUCCUCGGCGGCCCAGCCUCCGGAAAAGGAACCCAAUCCACCCACCUCACUACUCACUUUCCCACCAAGAGAAUCCACCACAUCAGCAUCGGCGACAUGCCACGCGAAGAAAUGCAAGACUCCGCCAGUCCGUAUGCCUCACUUCUGCAGGAGAACAUGCUAGCUGGAAGGCUGGGACCACCGGAUAUGACGGUCAGGAUCCUGAAGAGGAAUUUGGAGAGAGUGGAGAGUGGGACGGUGGUUGUGUUAGAUGGGUUCCCACGAGCGAUCAUGCCCUAUCGUCUCUUCGAAGAAAUUGUGGCUCCCAUUCGUCGGAUCGUGGGUUUGGAAGUGCCGGAAGAGGUUCUGGUCCGCCGAUUGGAGAAACGAGCUCGUUCUGACGAUGUGGCGGGCGCGGCGAACAUAGCUGAGCGAAUGCGGACGUACCGGGAGAAUACUGCUGAGGUGUUGAAAGCGGCGAAGGCGGAAGGGAAAGUGGUGAGAGUUGAUGGGGAUCGGGAUGUUGAGAGUGUGGCGGACGACGUGAGGGCGACGUUGCGAGAUAUCUUGGGUGAAGAGGAGAAGGCAUGA